CGGCUGGAGCGCGGUGACGCGUGCCAAUGGGCGUGCGGGGGGCGGGGCCGCGCGGGGACACUAUUGUUGAUGAGAGCGGCGGCGGCGGUGGAUGCAGCGCCGCGCUUUGAGGCCGAGGCCCGCUCCUCCGCGCCCGCGAGUCCGGUUUCGUCGCCCCGUCGCCGGGUCUCUCUGCGGCCCGAGGACGCUCCCCCGCGGUCGGGCGACAGCUAGCCCCAGUCUCGCCCUGUCACCCGGGAGCCGGCCAUGUCCCAGCGGGUGCGGCGCGGCGGGUCGCCCGUGACAAAGCCCGACUGCCUCCCUGUAGCCCCUCCAGCAGUAUCCGCCGCACGUCCUCCCUGGAUACGCUGGCAGCUCCGUAUCUCGCUGGGCACUGGCCUCGGGACAGCCACACGCAAGUCGUGCCCUGCAUGCGGGACAAAGCCACACAAACAGAGAGUGCCUGGGCUGAAGAAUACGCUGAGAAAAAGAAAGGGUCUCACAAGCGUUCAGCAUCCUGGGGCAGCACAGAUCAACUUAAGGAGAUUGCAAAAUUACGCCAGCAGUUGCAGAGAAGUAAACACAGCAGUCGGCAUCACCGAGAUAAAGAAAGACAGUCUCCAUUCCAUGGUAACCAUGCAGCUAUCAACCAGUGUCAGGCUCCUGUUCCAAAGAGUGCGCUUAUUCCAGUAAUUCCCAUCACCAAAUCAACGGGUUCCCGGUUCCGGAAUAGUGUGGAAGGACUGAAUCAGGAGAUUGAAAUAAUCAUUAAAGAGACUGGGGAGAAGGAGGAGCAGCUUAUUCCACAGGAUAUUCCAGACGGCCACCGCGCGCCUCCCCCGCUUGCCCAGAGAAGCAGCAGCACCCGCAGCAUUGACACACAGACGCCAGGGGGCGCAGAUAGAGGGAGCAGCAGCAGCAGCCGCUCGCAGUCGGUGUCCCCCACAUCCUUCCUCACUAUCUCCCACGAGGGCAGUGAGGAGAGCCCCUGCUCAGCUGAUGACCUGCUUGUUGACCCCAGGGAUAAAGAGAAUGGGAACAACUCUCCUUUGCCCAAGUACGCAACAUCCCCCAAGCCUAACAACAGUUACAUGUUCAAACGGGAGCCUCCGGAGGGCUGUGAGAGAGUCAAAGUCUUUGAGGAGUGCUCGCCAAAACAACUUCAUGAAAUCCCAGCCUUUUACUGUCCUGACAAAAACAAAGUAAAUUUCAUUCCUAAAAGCGGCUCUGCUUUCUGCCUCGUCAGCAUUCUCAAGCCACUCCUUCCCACAGCAGAUCUCACCCUCAAGGGCUCCGGCCACAGCCUGACAGUCACCACGGGUAUGACGACCACUCUGAUUCAGCCUAUUGCCGUGGCCUCCCUGUCUGCAAACACAGAGCAGGACCGGGUCUCCAGGGGAACCAGCACGGUCCUGCCCUCAGCCUCCCUGCUGCCACCACCAGAGCCGAUCGAAGAGGCGGAAGGAUAGGCGUAUGUGCUGGGCGCUGUGGUUCUGCGAAACUGAGGACUCCUCGGUGAUUGACUGUGACCGCACCUGCACUCCGGCUGGCUGGGGCGCCCGCCCCCGGCGACGUGUGUCAGGGAGGCUUGAGAAGCAGCAGCCGCUCUGACGGUGGCCAUGCUCACGCAGGCCAGCCUCCGUGCUUAGCCUGCUUUUUCCUGAGGCGGAAAGGUCUCGUUCUUUCGGAAGGACAACGAUCCAUUUUUGUUUUCAAACUAGACUUGUAUGAAACACGCAAAACACAGAACAUGACCCCUGCCGACACGAUUCCCAAAGGGAGGUGUGAAUGGUGCUGCAAGAACCAUCUUUUGUAUGAAAAGGACUAUUUUAUGAUACCAGUGUCACAUUUUCUGAAACGCAGCAAACAGGAUGUUCAAAGAUUCCUUGGUGGCCUCUUGUUUCUUGCUUCCCUUCCUAGAUGUGUGCUUUUCUCAGCUGUUUCCAGCUUUGGGACCAAAGGGAUUGUUGACAUUUUCCCAGCAAUGUUAAUCUCCACUAUAUUCUCCCACAUAAGAAUUGAUAGGUAAAUGCAUUGAACAAGUAUAUAUAAAAAAGAGAUUAAAAGCAAUAUUGGUACAUUAUGUGACUUACGUUCUUUGAUGUCAGAAGUUUGUGCUUUGGGUGAAAUAUUUGUAAAACUGCUGUUUUCUUCACUCUCCUGUACACAUGUCACCAUAUGGUCAGAAAAGUUAUAGUCUGAAGACAAGUGCUUUCAUGUUCUCACCCGUGUUGGGACUUGGUUUAAAAGUCAGUGAGGCAAAAGGAAACUAUCUAGUGUUGAUUGCUAGCUAGGAAAAUAAGGAGCCCCUUGGUUUUCUGUGAAAUGUAUAUCACGUGAUCACCCUCCUCUGCCACAGGUGUCGCGCUACCUUAUCAUCACUGUAUCAUAGCCCCAACAGACCCUCCAAUGGCUGUGCAUGGAUUUCCUCCUUUGCUUUUGUGAUGUUCUUGUCUUGUGGAUUUGGUCUGGGUUAGUAGUUUGCCAGGAGUGUAAUCCAUUGAAUAGCGAUCUGUAGCCACAGACUCUUGAGACUGACUUUUUCUUUAUGGUGAUUGACACUGAGAUAUGUUGUCUACAGAUUUUGCUAGUUUCCUCUUCAACAUUUCCACACAGUGGGGAAAACAGACAAGAACUUUGGAGCGUAAACAAUAGGCACCUUUAAAAACUCCACACAACUUUGGAUUUCAGCUCAUCCUAACACAAACUACUGCCAAUAAUAUCACAUGGAAACAGUAUUUUAUUUUCUGGGUAUGUGGUAGUAACAUUAAGGAGGAGCUUUUCCUAGAAAUGAAUUUCAGCAAGCGGUAUUGAUCUUUAAAAAGCACCCUUGUAAUAUCUUCAUAUACCACCUUAAGAUGCAAUAAUUUACUAUUCCUGUACAUUCUACAGCAGAAAAAAAAUUUUAAGCCCUUAUCAAAGAGAUACCAUUUGUCCACAAGUGUCCCAUCAAGAAAAACCUAGUGCAGUGGUGGCGAACCUAUGGCCUGCAUGCGAAGUGGGCUAUAUGUCACUGAAAGCUCUACUUCAAGGACUUACAUUCAUGCACCUUUAAAGCAUCUAAGCAAUUUAAAACAUGCCCUUAAUAGACAUUAAAAUGGAGAUGUAUUUAGGUAAAUAUGAUAAAUUCAAACAUGAAUUGUCAGGUUAUAGUUGGUAGGACUGAUGAAUCUUGCUACUUUUUCCAUCCAAAACUGAAGUUAGACCUCCUCAGCAGUGAAUGCUGUUAUUUGGGGUCUAAAUGUUCUGAUUGGUUGGUUUUUGAGUAUGUUGGUUCUUGGCCCGCUUUGUUAUGUCUUUUAACUUUACCAUUUCGCUAGUGAGGAGCCUCACUAUCAGAGGUACAGAAGAAAGUAUAAAGCUGAAGGCAGGUGAGUUGGUAUGAAUGGAGUAGGAGGUAGUUAAAACAAGGUUUUGCUGUUCGCUUUUUUUAAAUCCUCAGAUUUAUUACUUCAGAUCUUUCCUUUGCCUUAUGCUUCCUUCUCCCUUCUGUCUCCAUUCCCACCAGUCGUAAGGGUGUUUUACAACUAGAGUGUCACUUCAUGAGUUUUUCUUUUAUUGUGUUCUAUUCAUUUGCAAAUUCAUGCCUUCUGUAGUUUUAUAUAUCUUUAUAAUGUAAAAUCAGAAUGAAGAGUAAGCUUCAGAUUUAUUAUUUAAAGGCUUUCUAUUAAGUAGAACUCCUAAUUUGGUUAUAAGCAGAAUGUGAAUUUGCAGGUAAAUGAGUUGUAUGGCAGCCAGUUGUAUCCCUUCAGUUUGGGAGAAAAAGAGCCUGGGAUUUGAGGGAGGAGGGAAAUGGUCCAAGAUACAAAAUAACUUUUAACUGCCAAAGGGCUGAUUUUUAAGCAUAUGCAUUCCAUUACAGUCUUAAACAAUAGGUUCAUCUGGUUGUUUUACUUAACCCUUCAUUCUGAGAUGGUUGAUUUUUUUUUUAAAUGGAAUUUACUCUCAGAAUGCAUAAUACAUCCUAAUUACACUCCAGAAUGGUCGUGUUAUUCUAUAGAAAACUGUACAGAAGAUAGAAUAGCUUCAGUGAGAUAAUAAUUUGAAUUUUUUCAAAUGAAAAUACUUCCCAUUGCAAAAAAACAAAAAAGGGUGGUAUAUAUCUUUCACCAUAAGGAGUUAUUCUGUAGUUACUUUGUCAAUCUUAGCUGCUGUUUACCCUUAAAAUAAUUUCUUCCCUGUGAUGAUAAAACUUACAGAUGUACUGUUUCUGAUUAUGACUAGGUCUAUUGUGUGACUUUUGUGAGCAACUUUGUUUUUAAAAUUCUAGUUUUGCCUCUUCAGUUAAAUAUGGUGCAAACAGAUGCCAAAAGUUAUUUUUAAACUAGAUUGUUCGUUUUGUUUAAAAUGCCUCUUACGACUACAGACCAAAUCAGUCUUUUAGAAGGUGCUGUUGCUAACGGUGUAAUAUCUGGUAACAUGGAAGGUCUGUUUUCUUUCACCUGUUUAAGGAAGAUAUUACAGAAUGGCAGAAUUUAUACCUGCCUCUCUGUCCAAAAUUGGGACUAGGUUAUGAGGAUUUUAAGGAAAAUAAACAUUGUCAGUACUGAACUUGCUAUUUUUAUUUCUGUGAGUCCAUGUUUGCAGUGUAUGAUGACUGCAUUCAUCAUGGGGAAUUGGCAAAUGCACAUAACACAUCUUGACUGUAUUUCUGUUCCUCUACUCUGCAUCCUUCCUAAAUUUACUGUUGUAAAACUUUAGAUUCAUUCCUUCAUGCUUGGGUUUUUGGUGUCUCAGAACUGGACCACAGGAAGCACUGAAUUUGCAAAAUUAAGCUAUACUUAACUCCGCACUUUAAAGUUUACGUUUCAUUCUGCUUAAAUUAGUGAUAAGCAGAGCAGUCCUAAACAAUAUUUUGUUUAUACAGUCCUGUUGAAUAUAAUUUAUGUUUUUUAAGUUACAUUUUUCAUCUCUGUUGAAGCUAUAUAAAUCUUUUUAAAAUGCAAUUUAAAAAUCCUUUGUUUUCUAACAAGAUUCUCCAAAAAACAGCAUUUCCAAUGGUAAUAGAUAUUGUUACUAUGUACUUACAUAUUCCCUGUUCUGAACACUUGUUGCUGCCUCACAAGAAAAUAGAACUUUUAUGUUAAAAAUAAAGUCUGUUCUUGAAAGAG